AUGGCCAGGAAGGAAGCAAAAAAGAACAAUAAUGAUCUGAAUGACCACAAAAGGAAACAUGAUGGUUGUCAAACCCAGAAGGCUGACAAGAAAGGAAAAACUACGUCAGAAGGCAGCAGAAACAAGAGGCCUUGUGUAGAAUAUCCCCAAUGCCAAAUCUGCAAGAGAAAGCAUUUAGCAGAAUGUCGAUAUAAGACCAAGGGAUGCUUCAAUUGUGGAGAAGAGGGUCAUCUCAAGAAAGACUACCCAAAAUUGAGAAACCAAAAGAAGGACAAGAAAUUAAUACCAGCCAGAUUUUUCGCUCUUACAAGAGGUGAGGCGGAAACUAGCAAUACAGUAGUAUCAGAAUUACCCUCGGGGGAAAGAAUGUUAUCUAGUAGCGGGGUGCGUAGCAUUGUAGUUAAAAUUGAAGGAAGAGAGUUACCAGUAGAUUGGAUUGAGAUAGACCUUAAGGACAAUGAUGUAAUAUUAGGUAUGGACUGGUUAGCAAAACAUGGGGCAACGAUAGACUCUAAGGGUAAGAUAGUCAACUUUCAAACAGAAGGCGGAGGAAACUUCACCUACAAAGGAAAAGUUUCUCAAAAUCGCAUACCGAUAGUCUCAGAUCUCAAAUCUCAAUGGUUAACCAGUAGCGAUUGCUCGAAAUUUCUAGCUAACGUGGUGGAAAAGUCACAAGAGAUGCAACUUGAACCAAAACACGUACAUAUUGUAUGCGAAUUUUCUGAGGUGUUUCCAGAAGAUCUACCGACAUUACCUCCAAGUAGGGAAAUCGAGUUCAAAAUAGAUUUGUCCCCAAUGAUGAAACCAAUAUCGAAAGCUCCCUACAGAAUGGCACCUAUCCAGUUAAAGGAUUUAAAGAUACAACUGUAG